UUAUAACUCUACAUAUUUUUUUCAUAUCUUCCUUCUUCCUAUUCUCCUUCAUCAUAUUCUUCUUUCAUUUCCAUACAUAAAUUCCACCAAUUUUCUUCUUAGACUACUUCCAAUACAACAAUUACUAACAAUGGCUUGCAUGAACUUUUGCCAAAAGGAAAAGAUAAGAGAUGAAAGUGAACAAGUAGAAUACACACUUGAUGGAACUGUGGAUCGAUAUGGUAAGCCAGCUAUACGUACCAAAUCAGGAGGAUGGGGCCCAGCCAUUCUUAUUCUAGUGAAUCAAGGGCUAGCAACAUUGGCAUUUUUUGGAGUAGGAGUAAACUUGGUGCUAUUUUUGACCAGAGUAGUAGGCCAAAGCAAUGCUGAUGCAGCUAAUAAUGUUAGCAAAUGGACUGGAACUGUUUAUCUCUUUUCUCUUCUUGGUGCUUUUCUUAGCGAUUCUUAUUGGGGUCGUUAUAGAACUUGUGCUAUCUUCCAAGCUAUUUUUGUUCUUGGUUUGGCCUUAUUAUCACUAUCAUCAUACCUAUUUUUGCUUAAACCAAGAGGGUGUGGAAAUGAGCUUACUCCAUGCAACUCCCACACAAGACUCCAUGUAGCUCUUUUCUACAUCUCAAUCUACAUGGUAGCCUUAGGCAAUGGAGGUUACCAACCGAAUAUCGCUACAUUUGGGGCCGAUCAAUUUGAUGAAGAACAUGACAAAGAAAGGACCUCGAAAAUUUCCUUCUUUAGUUACUUCUACUUGGCCUUUAACUUGGGAUCUCUCUUUUCCAACACCAUUUUGGCCUACUAUGAAAAUGAUGGCAAAUGGGCUAUUGGGUUUAUGGCUUCUGCUACAACUGCUCUUAUGGCUUUGGCUUUGUUUCUUGGUGGCACGCCUCGUUACAGACACUUCAAGAAUCAGGGAAACCCUGUUAUGAGAUUUGGGAAAGUGUUUGUUGCUGCAAUUAGGAAUUGGGAUUUUAAGGUCUUACCAAAUGCAGAAGGUUUAUAUGAAUUGGAUGUAGAAACCUACUCGAAAACUGGUAGGAGGAUGAUCUCCCAUACCGAAGGACUAAUGAUCUUGGAUAAAGCUGCGGCUGUCAACGCAGUUUCGGAUUAUAAUGAACGAAACUUAUGUACUGUUACACAAGUUGAAGAAGUGAAAUGCAUAUUAAGACUCCUUCCGAUUUGGGUUUGUACCAUUAUGUACUCCGUAGUGUUCACUCAAAUGGCAUCCCUGUUUGUGGAGCAAGGUGCUGCGAUGAACGCGACCAUAGGAUGGUUUCACAUACCGCCAGCAAGUAUGUCAGUCUUCGACAUCCUAAGUGUCGCAUCCUUCAUCUUCAUCUAUCGUCGUGUGAUAAAUCCAUUCAUUAUCCGACUAAGAAACAAAGGUCUCACUGAGCUUCAAAGGAUGGGAAUCGGUCUGAUAUUUGCAAUUUUGGCUAUGGUAACUGCCGGAACUGUAGAGGUUUUCAGAUUAAAAUACGCGAAAGGGUAUUGUAAGAACUGUGAAAAUGCUAGCUCGUUGAGCAUUUUCUGGCAAGUACCUCAAUACAUGCUGAUAGGAGCAUCCGAAGUUUUUAUGUAUGUGGGUCAAUUAGAAUUCUUCAAUGGGCAAGCACCUGAAGGUCUAAAGACCUUUGGGAGUGCACUUUGUAUGUUGUCCAUGUCGUUUGGAAACUACAUGAGCAGCGUAAUAGUUACCAUGAUUAUGAAGAUAACUACGCGAAACAAUAUGCCUGGAUGGAUACCAGAAAACCUAAAUGAGGGUCACUUAGAGAGGUUUUUCUUCUUGUUGGCAGCUCUUACAACUGUGGAUUUUGUUGUUUACUUGUUCUAUGCAAGGUCUUAUAAGUAUGUUCAGUUCGACGAAUCAAAAGAUGGAAAUAAUAGCGAAAAUAAACUACAAAUCGAGGUCUAAAUUCAUCGAGUUUUAGGAUUAUAUAUGCAAAUUGGACCGAUUUGAUUCUAUCGCUCUGUAACAGAUGAAAAGAUCGGAAAUCAGGAACCAGAAAUGUGCACAUUGAGGAACACGGAACUGGGUUUUAAGUAUGGAUGUAUUAGAAAUCAAAUGAUUAUUGGAUUUGAUCAAAGAAAUCUGAAGAAAGGUGUUCUUGGAUAUUCAAAUUAAGAAUAAUGCUUCUUCGUAUGAAGAAUUGAUGAUAGGCUAUUGAUGAGAUUCUUGUAUAAGGAUCCAUUCAAAUAUAUUAGUAGAUAAAUAAAUUGAUUUCUCCAAUUCUUUUCUUUCUUUUUUCUUUUUUUAUGAUUUUUGGUUGGAUGAUGUAAUUUCUAUUUAACUUAGUUAGGCAAAGCUUUUAUACUUUGCUUAAUUCUAGUUAUAAUUUAACUUAUAAUUGUAUUUGCAA